GCGGAGGCUGCGCCCCGCAUCAUGGAGGGCAGCCCGGCCCCAGCGCCGGCCGCCACCGACCUCCGCCUCCGCCCGCGCCGCGCCCGCCGGCUCCCGCUGCCGCUCUCCCGGCGCCGUCCUCGCCUCACCUCGAAGCCAGCAUGAAGGAGACCCAGGGCGACGGGAGAGCCCGUUUCUGCACCCGCCUCAACCAUUCCUACCCGGGCAUGUGGCCGCCCGAGCGCUCUUCCGAGGCGCAGGGCAACCUCACGCACCCCGCGGGACCCAGCGAGGAUUGCGGCUCGGUGUCCGUAGCCUUCCCGAUCACCAUGCUCAUCACCGGCUUCGUGGGAAACGCGCUGGCCAUGCUGCUGGUGUCGCAGAGCUACCGGCGCCGGGAGAGCAAGCGCAAGAAGUCGUUCCUACUGUGCAUCGGCUGGCUAGCGCUCACCGACCUGGUGGGGCAGCUGCUCACCAGCCCGGUGGUCAUCGUCGUGUACCUGUCGGAGCAGCGCUGGGAGCACCUGGACCCGUCCGGGAGGCUGUGCACUUUCUUCGGUCUGACCAUGACUGUCUUUGGGCUCUCCUCGCUCUUCAUCGCCAGCGCCAUGGCUGUCGAGCGGGCGCUGGCCAUCCGGGCGCCGCACUGGUACGCGAGCCACAUGAAGACGCGCGCCACCCGAGCGGUGCUGCUGGGCGUGUGGCUGGCGGUGCUGGCCUUCGCCCUGUUGCCGGUGCUGGGCGUAGGUCAGUACACCAUCCAGUGGCCUGGGACAUGGUGCUUCAUUAGCACCGGGGCACGGGUCAAUGGGACUAGCUCACCUCACAACUGGGGCAACCUUUUCUUUGCCUCCUCUUUUGCCUUCCUGGGCCUCUCUGCACUGGCUGUCACCUUCGCCUGCAACCUGGCCACCAUUAAGGCCCUGGUGUCCCGCUGCCGGGCCAAGACCACGGCGUCACAGUCCAGUGCCCAGUGGGGCCGGAUCACGACCGAGACGGCCAUCCAGCUCAUGGGAAUCAUGUGUGUGCUGUCGAUCUGCUGGUCGCCGUUGCUGAUAAUGAUGUUGAAAAUGAUCUUCAAUCAGUCAUCAGUUGAGCACUGCAAGACACACACAGAAAAGCAGAAAGAAUGCCACUUCUUCUUAAUAGCUGUUCGCCUGGCUUCACUGAACCAGAUCUUGGAUCCCUGGGUUUAUCUGCUGCUAAGAAAGAUCCUUCUUCGAAAGUUUUGCCAGUGUGCAAUAGCAGGACCAGAAAGAGACACGAUGCCUCACCCCAAGACCAGCAAGUACAUACUGAUGAUCAGGCACCACACAAACAGCUAUGCAUCCAGCUCCACCUCCUUACCCCACCAGUGUUCCUCGACCUUGAUGUGCAGUGACCAUUUGGAAAGGAUUGCUGUGAGGAUAUAAAUCUUCAAGAGUCAUGAUAACACACAGCCCCAGACCUGCCAGCCCCCACUCCUGAGCCCGUGGAAGACCCUGAGAAACCGUUAUGUUCCCAGAAGACUCUGGCAACCCCAUAAAAAUCUCUUAAGACUACCUGGGAGACCCACCCAGCUUAGAGGACCUAACAAGCUAGAGAAUCCUCUUUGCCAUCCUAGGUUCAGGAUAAAGGGAUCCCACUGCCCUUCUCCACCUAAGCCACAAAAUACUAUAUUGGAGUUUAAUCUUUUCACUUAACUUCUGUUAACAUGCAGCUAUUUCAGUGAAUAAUUUAAUAAGUGAUAUACAUACCUUCCUGGGGGCAGUUUGUGACAAGACAGAAAGCAUCAUGUACGUAGAGAGAACAGAAAGGCAUGCUCAUGACAAGAAGAAGCUUGCUGGAGAGAAGAAAGGGGAAGUGAAAGGGAUAAAUGUCCAUCCUCCCCUGCACUCCCACCAUUUCUGCAGUCCCUUCAGAGUCACUUCUGCCUACAUGGAUAUCUCCUUCUGGAUUUUUAGUCUAUUUACUAUUAUUUCCUUGAAAAUGGCUGUUCUCAUUGAACAUCAUCUAUGGUUUGGCAUCCUAGACACUGGACUUAAUAAUUGUCACAGCACACUUAUGCUGCAGGCUAUCUUUUACAGCUGAGAAAAGGAAGGCUCAGAGAGCAAGUUAGGUGCAAAGAAUGACUGAAAACUGUCCGUUAAGGUACAGACCUCAGUUUCUUCCAACUAUACUUUGGUAAUUCGGAAACAUCUAUCUCCCUUCCCCUAGAGAAUGUAAAGGAAACUCUACAAGAAAAUGAAGUUUGUCAUUAACAGUAGCAACAACAAAGCCCCAAAUUCUGAUGUUUUAAAAUAACAAAUGGUGUUUGACCUUCAUGUGACAUGUCCGUUGAGGUUGGGAGGGGAGUGUGGCUGCAGGUCAUCCUCCUCAGACACUCAGGCUAACUGGGGUUUCAGAUGUUGCUAGACCCUGCUAAGGAGGCCAGGGAGAAGGUUUAGGGCAGCAUCUAAUGUUUCUAGAGCCCUACCUCCACUACACAAAAGAUGGGGAAGGAGAACAAUCCCACCACAUGCCGAAAAAAUGGAGAAGCGCAGUCCUGGUGAGCAGCAAUGAUCUACACCCCAGAACCUCUGGAGCAAAGACAGAGGGAAAAUGAAGAAAAUAAAUACAGAAGUGCUGAGUUUAAAAGGAGCAAGGUCUUUUUCUGGCUCAACUCUUAACUCCAUACCCUGCUUAUUUUAAGCCUUUUCCACAUGUUGACUUACUUGGCAAGGUGGGACAUUAAAGCAACCAGGGACGUUAUAAAUGUAGAGAGAUACAGGCUUAUAAUUUCAGCAAAGCUGAAAAAAUAGGUUGGUCACUCAAAUAGCCAAUUUAGACAUAUAGUAAGAAUUGCUUAUGGUUCAGCAUUGCUGCACAUUGCUGGUUUAGUCAAUGGAAAAUUUUCCAAAUGCUUGGUGUUAACACAGCACGUCUCUGGAAAGGAUGCAAGAGUAUUUUGACAUUUUGUGCAGAAGAAAUAUCCAGAAUGUUUGUAGAAUUUGGAGCCCCUUUCAGAUGAAAUGAAGUUAUGGGUUUUCAAAAAAAUCUGUAAGCUGUCCAGAUUAUUACAAGUAUUCUAAUUCAAAAUCAUUAGAUUGGCAAAAGCGUCUACUUUUAGAAUUCUAUAAAACCUACACUGACCUUGAAUUAAUAAAGCUAGGGAAUGUCAGGCAGUAGAAAGGGCUUUAAGGAAGGCAGGUUUCAUAACCCCUUCCUAAAGCCUUUUUCUGUAUGAACUGUAGUUAAUUUCCUAAUUUUUAAAGCUGUUUCUCAUAUGCUAUGUGGAGGAUUUUAUGGAAGAAUGUGUCAGACAGUACCAUAAAAUAUAUCUCUACUGCUAAAAUACACCUUGAUGCUGUUCACUUCUCUUCAUCUCUAAUACUCUUAUUCUGAUUCAGGCGAAACUGAUCUCUCAGCUAGACCACCACCAGUAACUGCCAAAUGAUUUUUCCUUUUCACCUCUGGUCCCCAGCCAUUCAUUACUCAGCAACAGGGAUCUUUCUCACCCCAGGGCCUUUGCACAUGCUAUCCCAAUCUUUUUUUCUAUUCCCUACAUAAACAGCUCUAUUUCUUCCUUUGGUUAAUAACUUAAGUGCUUUCUUGAGCUCCCUAGCUGCAGUAUUUUCCUCUUAUUAUUUGCUACCUUAGCUCAUUUGUUUCCUUCAUAGUGCUGUUCCCAAUUUUUCUGUCUGUUUACUUCUUUGUUUUCUGUACUAGCAUAUGAAUUUCACAAGGGCCAAGACUGGCUUGAUUUUGUCCAUCCUUGUCUUUACCAAGUACAGAGACCAGCACAUAGCAGGUGCCAGAGAAGUAGUUGUGUGAUGAGUAAAGGAAUUGUGAAAAGUGAGAUGAUUAGGUGCUUCUUUGUGUAUCCAGAUGGUACUCAGGCAAUAUUGUUAUUCCUCCCCUUUCCUUUACCAGUGCUGCCUGGUCAUUCAUAUCCCUUCUAACCUACACAUUUCCCUGCUGCAGGUACAUUAGUAUGUCUUCCCAUCACAUGCAAAUGUACUAGGAAUCUAAACAGAAAGGCAAAAGAUAGUGAAAGUGAAGUACAGGGAGCAGAAGAGGUUACUUUGAUGCAUUUGUCUUUUAAUACAUCUAUGUUUUUGUGAAUUAAGCCCUGACAUCCUUGGAUGACCUUUCCUAUGCCAAGUUUGGAGAGUUGUAAUCAGCAAACAAACAUUUCUAUCUCUUCCUAUAAGUUAUAUACUAUCUCUAAAUUUGUCUUGAGCAGUGGUGUUUCAAAAUAAUUUGAAUAUUUUAUUGCCAUUUUCUCUUGUUAUUUAAAAAAUGAAUGUAAAGUGAAAAUGUAAAUAUGUAUUAAAGUAGUGACAAAAGGGUAAUAAUACAAUUCAGACAAAGAUGAAAAUAAGCAUAUAAUGGAUGGCUAACAUUUCAUUUUUAUUGGAUACAUUAAAAUUGAAUUGAUGAAAGCUGUCUUCAAUUACAAAGAAAAAAAUUAAGGAACAGCAUGAAAUACUGGAAUUUCUUAUCAGAAAUUAUGUCUAAAAGGUUAUGCAUAAUUAUGACAUGUAUAUCAGUUUUAGCUCUGUGAAAUGAAUCCCACUCUAAAAUACAUCUCUUGCAUAUUUGACUUUCUUCUGGGUUUUUAGUGUGACUUUUCUGAAAGUCAUAGAUUGCUAAUAGAGUGUAGUCCUUUUCCCCCUUGAAAGAUGGACAAACCCAUUCCCUCAGUUUAUUUAUAAAGAACUUAGGACUCAAUGAGGUGAAGGAAUUGGUCCUAUAGGCCUGCCUCAGUUCUCUCUGAUUGGUUGCCUGGAUUAUUUUAGAGUCUACAUCUGCAGGCAAAGAGACCUCUAUUUAUUUAAAAGUAACCCUUCAUAGUUCUGGACUAAUAUUCAUUUAUAAAUGGUAUCCAUUUCAGGUGGAAAGUAUUUACCAGCAGACAGCCAACAGUCCUAGAUGCACAAGAAGAAAGACCCCUCCAGGCAUCUUCUACUUUGUUUUCUUCUUGGUUAAUUAAUCCCUCAGAAAUUGAUAGGGUGUUGACUUCAGUCUGUUCCUCCUUUCAGACCAAUGAAGGUCAGCCCAUGGGGACCACACCUUGUGUUUCUAAAAUAGCUCUGCUUCGAUAAAUUAGGUUCAGAAGAAUUUUAAUUUCUCCUGCAAGCUUGUCCUGCUCUUUAACUCAUGACAGAUUGUGCUGGGAUUUGCGUCUGUGCUUUAACACAUUCACUCUUCCCAUCUGGUGCGUUCUGUGGUCGCUGAACUUGGCUGUGUUCUCAAUAAUCCUCUGGAUUUCUGAAGUGGAUUUUGGAGUUCUUCCCAUUUGUACUAGAAUGUAAUCCCCAACUGUCUCUAGUUUUCCUACACUAUCCCCAGAGGCAGUGACCAUCCUCAUGGCACUAGUCUUAUCUCCAGUUCUCAAUAGCCAGAUGGGACGAGUGCUCACUGGGCAGCACAGAAAGCUGCACUGAGCAGCACUGCUCUGGAGCGUCCAGACCUUCACUCUCUGUGUAUCUAACAACCGAUGGCAACCUGACCAAAAUAUAGGCAGCCCGGACCGGAUAUAUCGGUGAUCACACAACCCUUUAGCAGGCUGUCUCAGGGCAAAUGUCCCUGACAUGCUUCUCUUCUCAGUUAAUAAUGCAUGGCAUUGCUUUCCAAACUCUUUCACAAGGCUUUACAAAAUCCACCACGACCUUUACCAUUUGUCUAACUUCAUCAUUCCUCUUUUCCUUGAACUGUACUCUUCUGAACUAUGUUGUAUUUCUAGACUCCAAUUAUAAACCUGCCAUUCCUUUUGUCUAGAAUAUUCUUUCCCUCCCACAUGGUGUCUCAAGUAUUCUCUGGUGUUGGGGGACACUUUAAGAAGAGGUGCUUGAUCCCUUGGACAAUUUAGAGAUGUGGAGCUAAUGUAAUGUUGCUUGAUUGUUUAUAUCAUUCAACAUCAGAAGGCAAUUUAGGGCAUAGGGAGAAUGUAGAACUCUAUUUUGUACACAGAAAAUUAUGAAAGACACAAUCUUCUUAAGGGGACAGAUCUUAGCCCUAGGGAGUUAAACUGUUCCAAGUGUUUUGUAAGUAACAAACACUUCGUUCUUUAUCUGUAGCCAUGCACAUGUGUAUGUGUGUGUGUGUAACUCCUUCCCCAUCACUAAAAACUUCCUUUGGAUGCCUUUAACCCACACAUGAAGAGACAAUGAGGAGCUUUGUGGAUAAGGUACAAACAAACUAUAGUUGAAUCUAUUCCAAUAUUUAACUCUACCAAAGUGUUUUAAUACUAGCAGAGUCUUUAAGAAGCAUGCUCCAAUUUACCCUUUCUUGUUCUUUAUGAUAUCCAUCUAGAGGAAAAAUUUGGAAAGAAUCCUUCACAGCAAAAGUAGGAUUGUCAGGAGCAACACAGCUCCCAGCUAGGUGCUGGCACUUCCUUUCGUUCACACCUGAGCCCAUCUGGUUAGGAGCAUUUAACGAUGAGGUUGGAUUGUAGCAAAACAUGCGGAGAGGUGGAGUACACUCAUCAAAGAUACAUUCUUAAGACUAACAUGCAGUAGUACUAUUAUAUUAGAGUGGAUGUCAAACAUGAGCUGGCACCUCCUCCACACUGCUUCUUCGUUGUCUUUCCCUGGUCUCCCUGUCUCUGUGUUUGGGGUGUAGAGACUGAGAACAAAGGUUUCUGUAAGAAAUGUCUUUACUUUGUGACAAAAAAAUAUAUAUAAAGAGCUCUUCUGACAUUUUAAUUCAAAACUUGAGACUUGAAUCUGAUGCAUGUUUCAGAUUAGUCCGAAAUGGAAAGAAACUUAGAUUUUAUGAUAUACCUGGAGUAGCAAUAUUAUCCAAAAAAUGUACUAACUAUAAUAAAGAUUUCAUGAGUCCCAUUCAACAGAUCCUAAGAUCAGAAUAUUCUCCCUAAUUUUCAGGCACUUGAACCAAGAAUUCAUAAUCUUAAUUAAGCCAAGAAUGUAAACAGUCUGAGGAAUCAUUCAUAGUUCAAAUUAAAUGUCCCUGAUUACUUUUCUUUCUCAGUUCAUGCAAGGCCUUCUCCAGUAAAGCAUACUCAUCUGUUUCUGCAUAAUUAAAAAAUAUCUUGUACAAGGAAUAAAGUACGUAACAGAAUAAUCAGACACACUUGCUAAACUAAUUGCAUAUGGAGCUUGCCAGUUUCCAGUCUCAGUGAUUAGAUUAUGUCUCUCCAUUUCUUUAAAUAUCACAAAAUGAGUUUAAAUUGCUAUGCAGAUACUUUCAGACUAAUGGAGACAUGUAAGGCUCAAAAGUUCAUGUUAAAUUUUGCAGGGAGUGUUGGUUUUGUAUGAUAGCUGUUACUGGAUCCCCCAACAGUGAAGCAUAAUCCAUGCCUUCCUUAGGCAUUACAGGAAAACCUGACUGUUCUGUUGCACUCAUUAUGUCUACAGCCCUAUGAAAUCCAUGUUUGUGUUCUCUGACACUUAUGUUACAGUCUGAUUACUGUGGACAUUAAAAAGAUAUAUUUUGUUUCUUAGGAUUCCCAGACACAACAAUCAUGCAUUGUAUUGAUACAAAUAACCAUAGUAUACACAAGUAUAUAAUUUUAGAACAUGUAUACAUAGAUAAAUAAGCAAAAGUGUAUGGAGUGUUAACUGUUUCUAAGCAAUUCCAUGCUGUUUAUUUUAGUAGCCAACAAUGACAUAAGCAAUGCAGGGCCCCAUCCACUUUGGUGAGUUCCAGCAAUGCAGCCUGAAGCUCAGCAAUCCCAGCCUACAGCAGUGUGAGGCCCCUAGUUAGUACGCUGUCCGAUGCAAAAGUUAACUUGAGUUAUUUUUCUAGACAUAUCUAUCUCCCCUUUACUUUUAGGAGGUGAGAGAAAAUAAAUUUGUUGAGCAUCUACUUUAGCUUAAGCUAGUGUUAGAUAUAUCCACAUAUGACAUCAUGUUUAAUUCUACCAAUGACCCUGAGAGUAAUAAUUUUUAUCCCCAUUUUUACCAAUGGAGAAACUAAGUCUCACAACAGAUAACCGACUUUUCCAAGAACAUACCACCGAGGCUAAGAUUCAAACCCAGGUCUGGCACUCUUGAGUUUAUUCCUUUCCAUGCUACGUCAGGUCACCCAAACAUUCUUAGGUAGCUAUACUUUUAAUAUUAUAUAAACUUGCUCCAGGACAUGCAGGGACAAAUCAACAGUGAAAGUAAAAUGUAGCAGGACCUGAAACAUAAGAUCUGUGGCCAUCAUACCUGAUUCCUGGAGCCAAAUGAGCUGGAACUCAGGUCUGGGCCACAGUCCCACUGAAAAUUGAAUGCCAAACAGGAAAACUAAAGCAGAAGUCCAAUGUGGACUCUGCCUGUGUGGCAGACUGCUGGGGACAGCCCCAUGAACACCCAGGGCCUGCACACUUACCAGCUUUACACCGAGAGACUAAUUUCAGAACACACAUACUAACUGUGGGUACCUGACUACUAUUAUAAAAUGAGUUGCAUGGAUUACCUCAGUUAGGCCUGACCACAGCCAUGCUGAGAUGCAGGUAUUGGCUGCAGGGUAGCAUGGCCAGCUAAGUAGUGGGAAGAGGACAGACUGUGCAAACAAACUGCAUGGGUUUGCCUCCCAGCUCUUCCUGGUUGUGUUGUUCUCUAGCUGAGGAAACGUGCUUUUUCUGUGACCUAGUUUCUUCAUUUGUAAACUGGAAGUGAUAAUAAUGCUUACCUCUUUGGGCUUUUGAGAGUAUAAAGAGCCUCAAACAGUGCCUGGCUCAACAUAAUUGUUAGGCAAGGGCAUGAUAAAGAAGGGCACUGAGAAAAAAACAAAAAAUGAAGGGGACUGAAUGACUUGUAUAAAUUUUUAAAGGUAACUGUUGGAGCUGGGAUUCCAGUCCAGAUGGCAGGAGCCCAGAGCCCAUGCUCAUAACCCAUGUAGUGUAGAGUACAGGUUCUGGUUGGGGACAGUCAGACAGAGGUGUCUGAUUCUGCAUGUGGGGGACCUCAGGAAACUCACCUGUGAGGGGACUAGGGAAGGUAGAUCAUGAUCAGACCACAACCCUAAGAUACCUCCUUAUUUCUCUCAUCUCAUAUUGGCUAAUCUCAAUGGAAAUCAUGACAUAUCUGAAAGUCAUUUCAGAAUAUCCUUUAUCUAACACCCUUUUCAGUGUCAGCUGGGCACUUAAAAUCUUUACCUUUGCUUCACUAAUCCUUCUUUGUCUAAAUUCAGUAAUAUUUAAUGCCUUCUACCUUCUAAGAAAUCAACAAUGGUGGACUCUAGACAGAGAUUUUUAGGUCAGAAUAUAAAGACUCUUACUGAAUUUGUCAAUACCAGUAAUUCCUUCUCCAUGAAAAGAAAGGUGACUUACACUUAUGUCAUGAAAUGAGAUCUUAAAAUAACCAGUGCAUACUUCCUUCAUGUUCUUUCAUAAAUCAGGUGUUUUAAAAAAGAAAUAAAGGUAGCUUUUUCAGCAAAGAAGGAAUUGCUACUUUGUGAUUUUUUUCUUUUUAAUUUGAUGUGAAGCAAAUAAUAGCAGUACAUGGUUAGAUUUUCUCAGUCCCACCAAUAAUUGAGAACGUAAACUUAAAAAAACUUUUUUUUACCUAUGCCCAAUCUAGUCAGAUUAGGUUGUAUAAGAUCUGUUGUCCCAUAACUCUGAGUCCUUGGGAGGCAUCCUAAGUUAGUCUAUUAGAGUCAUUUUCUCUAGAUUUCAUAUGCACAGAUACACACCUAGUGGGCAAACACACAGUCUGAAUUUGAGGGCAGGCAUUUUGUAGUAAAAGCCAUGCACAUCCCACAAUUCCAGCUCAGAGCAAAAGCUCUCAUGCAUUGCUUUUAAUAAAACUGCAAAGCUGUAAAGACAACAUUCAGUGAGGGAUCUGCAGCAGGGUGCCAGGGAGCAUUUUCUUGGAUCAGCUUUUGUGUCUCACUGUUAUCAUUUUCUCCAAGUUAGAAGGGGUCACGCUUAGUUUGUUUUACAGCUCAGAAAAUAUAAGAAUUAUAUUGUAGAGAGAUGCAGUAGAUAACAGCAAGGAAAUUAAGUAAAGACUUUGUUUGAAGUCAGGCACAAUGGGUUUGAAUAUAAUUUCAGCCAUUAACUGACCUUGUGUCUUUAGUCAAGUUAUUUAAACUUUCUGAACUUUGAGAUCUUCAUCUGCAAAAGGACCUCAAAGAGUUAAUAUAAGAUUAAAAUAGACAAAGUAAAGUAACAAGUAUAUAGCUAGUCUUAAAGAAAUAAGUAC